UUGAUCAAUAUUCCUCUGUCCAGGGCGGUUCAGUGACUUCAGUGGCGUCAUCGGAGAUGCUGACGAAGAGGGAUAAAUUGCUGGUGAAGCCCUUCCUUGUGGAGCGAUACAAUCAGCACCGGAAGAAAGUGAAGAGCGCCGGACCCAGAAUAGACUUCUCCUCGCCACCCACUUAUCCCCAUGUCAUCGUGAAGAUGAAGAAGAUCCAGAAGGAGACUGAGCGAAAGGCGACAAUUGAGCGCGAAAAUGUGAGAUUGCUGCAGAAAUUGGGCGCCAUCAUGAACACGAGUCGCCUGGAGAACUUCUGGAACACCUCGCGGCCGAACUUCCUCAGUCGUGAGUUCAUCUACACUCCACGCAAGAGGUCGUCCGCCAAGAGUGCCGCUGCUGACUCUCCUGGCCAGCGCAAGAGUCCUCCGAGCGGAUUGUCAGGCACUGCCGCGCGCUGCGCCGCCUGCAACGGAAGAAUCUCCAUCAAGCGGAAUCAGGUGGUGCCUGAGGAGCGCCUUCCAUGGGCUCCACCGCGCAAGUCCUGGAACCAGAAGAUCCUCAGUGACUCCACAAAGCCACACAUCUGUUGUCGCUACUGCUGCUGA